AUGACUGAUUUUUCCCAGCAGAUGAAUGAAUUUAGGGUAGCUGGCUCGAAGAAAGUGGGAAAGACUGCUUGUCUGGAACAACUUGCAUGCCUCAAUGAUAUCACAAACCAGCCGUAUGUGCCGACAAUUGAGGAUACAUAUCAAGUGCAAAUGGAUUAUGGCGAUCGACCCAAAGAAAUCAUGGUUUUUCAUGAUACUGCGGGAAUCAGUGAAAGUGGGCCCAUCGAACUCAAGCGACCAUACGUACAGGUAGCUGAUGCAUUUUUGCUGUUAUACUCGGUGGUUGACCACGAAUCUUUCAACCGAAUGGAUGUGUUGAAAAAAACCAUUGAUAGGCAGUUUGGAAAAGACAAAAAAGAGGUUCAUUUUAUGUUAUUUCGUUGAAA